AUGAAUACAUUUCAAGAAAACAAAUUAUUUGUUUAACAAAUUAAAUAGAAACAAGACGAAUUUAAAGUAUAGGCUUAUCAAUUAAUAAGAAAACAAUUCAAUUUCCAAUUAAGAAAGAACCUCUACUUUUACAGCAAAAUAAUUUUAAUUAAGUCACAUCACCAAAUUAAAGAAGAGAACAGACUCCUAAUUAAAGAAAGGGAAAGAUUGAAAGUAUACAUUAUUAUAUAAAUAUUUUAGAUGAUAAUUCAUGUUCACCAACUCUUUUUCGUACUCCUUAAAUAAGUUUACAUUAUGAAUAAAACAGAAAAUAACAUCAAUUGAGUAACAAUAGAAGUAGGAAUGAAAAUGUAUCAACAUACAAAGAAAGAAGAGAAUAAAACAAUGAUUCAGCAACUAAAGAUUAUUCAAGAGUUUUAGAAGAAGUAAUGAAAAAAUAUAGAUAAUUAAAAUCUGAAUUAUUAACCAAAGACAAAGAAGUUUAAAAAACUAGAUUUUAUAAAGAAGAAUGGUUGAAAGAAAAAGUAAAUAUUUUUAUUAUAUUACUAAAUAGAAGCGUAAUGAAUAAUUAUAAGAAAGAAACAAGAUCUUGAAAACUAAAAUGCUAAAAAUUAUUGAAAUGGUUUAAUAAGAUUAAUUGAAAUAGAAUGAUGAUUCUGAGGUAGUAUCAUUUUAUUAAAAUAUUAGUUAAUAGGGUAUAAUAGCUACUCUCUCAACAGAAAAUAAGUAUUUACGUUAAAUGUUACAUUUACAUGAUGUGACAGAAAUCUCAAGCAAAUUGGAAUAACUUGAAGGAGAGUAAGAUUAAGAAGUUGUUUAUAUUGAUAAUAUUUUGAAUGUUUUCCUUGGAGAUUUGAGAACCAUUUAAAAGAACAAAAGAGAGAAGAAAGAUAAUUAAUAAUUAGGUACAUUUAGUGCUAAUAUAUUAUAGGUUAAUUUAAUUCAUUAUCAUUAACAGUUUUAAAUAAAGAAUCAAGUUUUGUUGAUUUAUCAGAAGAUAAGCUUUUAAUGGAAUAAUCAUGA